AUGGUCUGCAUCACAGGAUAUCAACUUGAAUUCAAGCUUGCCCAGGGUCUUCAUGCACCCAAGAUCACCGAAUGUCGAGGAUCAGACGGACGCGUUUACAGACAAUUGUUCAAAGGUGGUGACGACAUAAGACAGGAUGCGGUCAUGGAGCAAGUAUUUGACCUAGUCAAUCAAGUCUUGACACGCGAUGGAGAGUCUGAGGAAGCCGGCCUGAUAGAAUUUGUGACUAACACUUCAGCGCUAGGGGCUACGCUGACUCCUCUUCACGCAAAAUACAAUGAACUCCCAGACUGGGACUUGAAGCGCGCCCAAAGUUACUUAGGUUUUCAAAGGAAUGCAUCUGAAUCUAAAAGAAUCGCCUCAUUCAAAGAAGUCAUGAAAUGUAUCCGUCCAGCAAUGAGGUUCUGGUUUAUGGAAUCACAAACUUGUCAUCAGAAGUGGUACAAAAUGAGAUUAAAUUAUAUGAGGACGACAACCACUGCUUCUAUUGUUGGACAUAUCUUAGGAUUAGGAGAUCGACAUUUGUCUAAUAUCUUAUUGGAUAAAGAAACGGGCAAUAUGAUUCAGAUUGAUUUGGGAAUAGCUCUUGAUGCGGGUCGGCACUUGCCAACACAUGAGAAAACUGAAGGCGUUUUCAGGAGAUGUUGUGAACACACUUUAAGUGUGUUAAGAGAAAACAAGGACCUAGUGAUGACUAUAAUUGAUGUACUGAAGCAUGAUCCACUACAAAUCUGGGUGAUUACCGAAGAGAGAGCGAGAAAACUACAGGAAUCACAUGAUCCUGAUACAAAUGAAGGUGGAACAGGAUUGUGUUAUCCACUUACAGGUCAACAAGAGAAAAAGAAUAAAGAAGAAGAAUCAAAGGUUUCUGAAAGUGCAUCUAGAGCUUUAGCUUCAGUAAAAGAAAAACUAUCAGAUAAUUUGAAUGUGGAAACAAUGGUUCAAUAUAUUGUGGCUGGUCCCCAUAAUGGUUUCCACCCCUAA